AUGAAGUACGCCACGCUCUUCCUGACACUGGCAUCCCUGGGCCGAGUCUAUGGCCAAGGCUCCUGCCAAACAAGCACGGUCAGUAGCGCUGCUUGCGGUAGCUAUCCUGAUGGCUGCCCGGGGAGUACUUUCCUGUCCGCGAGGGGUCAGUGUCGGGAGCAAUUCGGGCUUGCUGACGGAUCCAACUGCUGCUGUGACUGUCCUGGCGAGGAAAAACGUUACCAUUGCAUGAUCCAAUUUAUCGGGCAAUUGGGUAUGCCCUACGGUAAGAAGAACAUGAUCGGCUUCUGCCAGGACCAAGUGCACUAUUUCGCGGGUAAUCCGGACGAGCUAUUCUCGGAGGAAGAUUGCAAGGCAGCUCAGGACCGAAUGGUCAAGGGAUUGAAUGAUUAUUACAACAAGCAAAACCCUCGCGCCGGCGACUGGAACCACGAUACGAAGGAGUUUAUCUCCAAUAACAACAAAUACUUUACGGCCAUUACCCCGAAGGGCGAUACCGGGACGAACAGCGAGGGUGAAAAGUACUGGGCCCUAAAGGUUAUGGUUGCAACCGAGAAGGCGAGUUCUGGGAAGAACAUCGAUAAAGCCUGCCCGAAGCCGAAGGGAAAGACCCUCCGCCCAGCGCAGUGUCCUCUCGAGAAGAUCAACGCCUGCAAGCAUGCCUUUGGCGGCGUAUUCCACGGCUCUACUGAGCUGUGGGGCGUCAAACCCAAGAACGGGGUUGAAAAGGAACCCAAUAAUGGAACAAUACUAGACCUACACAGCUCAAGACAGUCAAUAUCAAAGAUCAAGCAAGUACGUGGUGGAUUAGUCAGGAUCUUCCAUGUCUUCCUUGCUCAGGCCUCAACCCUCGUACUUCUCCAUCAAGCGUUCAAAAUGCAAUCGGCCAGCGCAAAUCUGCUAUGCCUUCCCGUCAAAAUCCUGGAGAUAAUCACGCUCCAUUUAGAGUACGCCUAUACCAAAGAAUGUUCGCCAUGGGGACUGGAGCGCGUCGUGAAAAACAACAACACCCGCGCACUAUUCAAUCUCCUGGUCAAUGGGCUUGAUUUCAAUCAAUACUUCCGCACGACUGGACGUUCAACACCGAUCAUACUGACUGUUUAUGCGGAUCUCGUUCUACCUGAACCUCCUUCAAUCUUCUCUGGAAGUCAUGUCUGCGAGGGGCUAUACAAGCGAUGA